AUGGCGAUGUCUGCAACUCGAAGAGUCGAAGAAGCUUUCCGUAGCCUUUGUCAUCGUCUGCCUCGCACGUGGAAACCUCAUCAGACCCAUGUUGACAACAGGACCGAACCCUCGAUCCUGUCAGUCAAGACGGCCAACAGCAGUGGCUCCUCGGGUCAUUGCUGGCCAAGUCUCGUCCGAAUGAAGGGCCUGGCGCGGCGUCAUGGGUCGUACCAGCUUUUCAGUGCAACACCAACACCUCCAACAAUAGCGAUUGCUGCGCCAACACCAACAACAACAACAACACCACCACCACUGUCAAGUCGUGCCGCAACUUUUGUUCUGUCGCGAAAACACCUCUCAACCGUUGGCAUCAUCCGCUACGGUCAUGCUGCUCGUUUUGCAUUUCGGUCAUUCUCGAGUACAAGUGUCAGUUACGCCUCGGACUCUACUGGACCCAAACAUGUCAAGGGCAUCACAAAUGGCAACGCCGAGUCUGAAACAGAAUCGGUCAGCCCCAAGGGGAACAUCGCAACAGCUACCACUGCGGCUCCACAAGGUAAUCUGAGCAUCGUCUUCACCGACAUCGUCAAGUCGACGGCCAUGUGGGAAAAGAACCCCUCGGCCAUGUCCCGCGCCAUGUCUCUCCACGACGCCAGCAUCCGCUCCCUGAUCGAGCGCAACCGGGGCUACGAGGUCAAGCAGAACGGGGACGGCUUCAUGAUCGCCUUUUCCACCGCGGCGUCGGCCGUCCAAUUCUGUCUCGACGUUCAAGAGGAUCUCCUCGCCGAACACUGGCCUGCUGGCAUCCUCGACCUGCCCAACGGCCAAACCACCCUCGACGACCAGGGACACGUCCUGUUCCGUGGCCUGAAGCUGCGCAUGUCCGCUCAUUGGGGCACGCCGGUGUCCAACUGGAACGAAAUCAUCCAGCGCAUGGACUAUCUCGGACCGAUGGUCAACCGCGCCGCCCGCUUCAUCGAGGUCACCGAACCUGGUCAGAUCGUGGUGUCGGAAGAUUUUUUGCUACAGUUGCAAGGAGAGUUGACCUCGACCAAAGUCGACAGCGACAGCGCCGACGGUCGGGCCAGAUCACCACCCGAAAAGAAGACCACGCAGAACAGGCUCGACCUGAAUGUGCUGAGGUCGCACAACGACCAGGAUAAGUUGACGGAUCAAUCCUUUGCCAUCAAGCGCCUGGGCAAUCACAGAUUCAAAGGCCUGGACGAACCGCAGACUCUGUACUUCUUGGUGCCGGAAUCGCUGGAAGGCCGCGUCGCACACUGGCACCAAGUCAAGCACGUGUCAGGGGUCAAGGGCAAUGUUCGAUCAGACAAUGGCCAGGGAGACGGCGGCAAAAACGACGAUUGAGGAUGUUUUGCCAAAUCUGAGGGUCCAAGGAUUUUCUCUUCUCUUUUCCCUUUCUUCUGACUUCCGUCAGUUGCAUUGCUACGGUCGGGGUUUGGUUUGUGUAAAGUACCAGCAAGGAGUUCAUGAUUUCAGGCAACAGACUACAGCACAAUGUGGUGUGCGCGGCGUUCAAGGUUACUUGGGGGUUUUGGAAAUGGAUAGUUUCACAACAUGCACAAUGGAACUCGACAAUGAGGUUCCUUUCUUCUCUUUUCGAACAACG